CCUCCACCAAAAAGUGCAGGCACUAGAUCUCUGGUCCAUCAAAACUCCCCCAAAAUAACCCCAAAAAGACCAAAAUACCCAAACCAAAAAUGAAAAUCCCCAUCCAAUCCCUCCUCCUCCUCUUCCUCUUCAUCCUCCACACCUCCGCCACCGAUUCGACCAUCGAUUCCGAUCGAGUGGCUGAAUUACUCUCCCUCCAGACCAGCUCCAAGACCGGCGUCAUCCACCUCGACGACUACUCUCUGUCUCGAUUCCUCACCUCAACCUCCACCCCUCGAUCAUACUCCAUCCUCAUCUUCUUCGAUGCGGCCCACCUCCACUCCAACCCAGAUCUCCACCUUCAAUCCCUCCGCUCCGAGUUCGGCCUCGUCGCCUCUUCCUUCAUCUCCCACAAUCGCGACCGUCCAUCCCAAUCCAAGCUCUUCUUCUGCGACAUCGAGUUCAAGGAGUCUCAGUCCUCCUUCUCCCUCUUCGGAGUCAACUCCCUCCCCCACAUCCGCCUCGUUGGGCCCAACGUCAAAAACCUCAAGGAAUCUGUCGCCAUGGACCAGUCCGAUUUCGCCCGCCUCGCCGAGUCAAUGGCCGAGUUCGUCGAGGCCAAGACCAAGCUCUCCGUGGGCUCCAUCGAGCGCCCGCCGAUCGUGUCCAGGAAUCAGCUACUCUUCCUAGCCGCCCUUUUUGUAAUUUCGAUUCCGUUCAUGAUCAAGAAGGUGAUUGCCGGGGAAACCCUUCUCCACGAUUCGAAAGUUUGGCUGGCAUUCGCCAUCUUCAUCUACUUCUUCAGCGUCUCAGGGGCAAUGCAUAACAUAAUCCGGAAGAUGCCCCUAUUUAUGACGGACCGGAAUGAUCCGUCGAAAAUAAUUUUCUUCUAUCAGGGGUCGGGGAUGCAGCUUGGAGCAGAGGGAUUUGCGGUUGGGUUCUUGUAUACGGUGGUGGGGUUGUUGUUGGGGUUUGUGACGCACUUCCUGGUGCGGGUCCAGAAUGGGACUGUCCAGCGGGCAUUCAUGUUUGUGGCAAUCUUGGUUUCGUUCUGGGCAGUGAAGAAGGUGGUGUAUUUGGAUAAUUGGAAGACAGGUUAUGGGAUCCAUGGGUUCUGGCCAUCCAGCUGGAAAUGACAGUAGGCUGCAUUUGGAUGCAUAUCUUGAAAUUCUCGGGUAAGGAUUUUCUGGGUCGAAGCGGAUUCAGUAGCUUUGUUAUGAAUUUUGUUGGAUGGAAUGAUCUCGACCUUCUGAUUAUUAUGUUUUGAUGAUAGUCUUAGUUGGGAUGUUCUAAAUCUUGAAUAGAUGUUAGAAAACUUGCUUUGAUUAAUGAUUUUUUUUUUUCGCA